UGGAAUUCACGGUCUGUUUUCUAUAGACUGCAAAAGAGAGGCAAGCGGCAACGCCAAGCAGAUGUGAUUUGGACUACACAGAGACGAACAAGCUAUUGUGGAGACGGAAAUCUGUGAUUCUAACAUGUGGCAGCCCGCGACAGAGCGAUUGCAGCACUUCCAGACCAUGCUGAAGACUAAGCUCAACGUGUUGACUCUGAGGAAGGAGCCGUUGCCCACGGUGAUAUUCCACGAGCCAGAGGCAAUAGAGCUGUGUUCCACCACCCCACUCAUGAAGAACCGGACACACGCCGGGUACAAGGUACAGAACCACACAUGCAGUACCAUCCAGAGUACCCGGUACAGAACCACACAUGCAGUACCAUCCAGAGUACCCGGUACAGAACCACACAUGCAGUACCAUCCAGAGUACCAGGUACAGAACCAUGCAGUACCAUCCAGAGUUCACCCUGUGGAAGGUGACUUACCUGGGCAAGGUGACCAUCUCUGGGACCCAGUUCUUGUCGGGUUGCACAGAACGGGCCGUGGAGGGCCUGUGGGACUGCCAGGCCCGCUCCACAGAGGGCCUCCUCCCUGCCGACUCCCUCCUGGAGAUCCGCCCUUUCCAGGUACGGCUCCACCACCUGGAUGGCCGCGGCGAGGCCUCCAUCACCAUGGAUACCUACCAGGUGGCGCGAAUCGCCUACUGCACCGCCGACCACAACGUGAGCCCCAACGUGUUUGCCUGGAUCUACCGGGAGAUCAACGACGACCUGACCUUCCAGAUGGACUGCCACGCCGUGGUGUGCGAGAGCAAGCUGGAGGCCAAGAAGCUGGCCCAUUCCAUGAUGGAGGCAUUCCGCAAGACCUUCCACAGCAUGCGCAGCGACGGCCGCAUCCACAAGAGCAGCUCCUCCGACGAGUUUGCCGAGGACUCCACCCCGGAUGAUUCCACCCCGGACGACGGUUGAGCGGUGGGGAGGCUCACCGGGUCCCCGCUAGCGAGGUGCAGGCUGGGGGCCUUUCUGGUACCAACACGGAACACCACCAUCUUACCUACACAGACCAACGCCAACGACAGGACGACCAUGAUGUAGUAAAAAAAUACAUAUAUAUAUAUAUAUAUAUACAUAAAGAAAUCAGGAGGACAAAGGAGCAACUACAGACCUAAUGUGGAAGGGAUGUUAAACACUGCCUCUUUGAAAAUGGCCCUUGAAAACAUGUCUGGCAACAGAAGCACCUACAAACCUGCCUAGAAGAGAUUGGAUUACAGCUAAGAAAGUUACACCCCAUUCUAUGCUGCUGUCUGUCUCAUUCAUUGUGCGUAGGCCCCCAGUGCAUGGCACUGUUAAGUGUUGAAUAUGUUUUUUUUGUGUGUGUUAUUUUUUUUUUUUAAGAAAGCUUUGACUCAAAUUUUGGUGUGUAAACAGCUUGGUGCAGAUGGAGCUUGGUUCAUGGAUAUAUAUGUGCUUUGGCCCCCAUAUGGAUCCCAUUCCGUCCCUAUAUGAACACACCAAGAGGGGGUUAGCCACAUCAGUUAUGUGCCCCCUCUGUGACCAGGCUGGUCUCACAAGCCUUUCUCAAACGUGUGUGUUUGCGCAAGUGUGAGUUGGCAUGUAUGUGUGUGUGCAUGCGUGCAUGACUGUGUAUGUGUGCACAUAUCCGUGCAUAUGUAUCAGAGAGGUACAGAUGGAACAAGACCUGUCAUAGCAAAAAUAAUCAAACUAGAAACUCCUCGUGACAGUCAAGUAAGAUCCCAUUCUGAUGCCUUUUGAGGCUUUUUAAGAUUGAAAAUACUGUGACCAAGUGCCAAGUUAGAUUUUCAAAUGAAAAGUGUAUGUUAAUAUCAGAGACAGAGGCUUGAGGACCACAAACACAGGUGUCCAAGUACACGACUGAAGCCUGGUAGCCUUUUCGGAAUAAACGACAGGUCUACCAGGCUUCAGGCUCCCGACACCUUUUUAGAAACUGCAGACUUUGACGUUUAACGAUACAUUUCUGAUGGCUCUGCAAUGGCAAGGACAGGUUUCUGUCAUGGCACCUGAAGAGAAUGAUUCUGUGUUCAGGCCUGGUGAGUGAAUCUAGGGGCAAAUUCAGCCAGCUCCCCUUCCCUGCUGCCUUGGAGGGACCACAGGGUCGUUCAGGGCCAAAUGCUACCCCACAAGAACUCCACCCUCCCCCUUUUUUUAUCACACUGUCCUAAAUGGACUGAAGACUCUCAAAGGGACUGGUCGUGGUCUGGGGCUGAGGCAGAAUUUAAGAUGGCUCUGGUCAGUAGGCUACAUAUAUACAAUUUAUAUAAAUAUAUACAUUGUAUUUGAAAUUCAUUCAAUAAGCUUAUGUAAAUACAAAUGUAUCACUUUCCAAAUAUUUCAGCAUCAAUGUUGAUAGAUGUUUUAAAUAAAACAACAAGAACAUCAAACAGAAACAGUGUUUUAAAGCCUACUGUGAAUAUAGUCCCAUAGAACGGGAUGUGUGUGUGUGGGGGGGUGUGUGUGUGUGUGUGUUCGUAUGUGUGUGUCUGUGUGUAGGUGAAUUUCACGCUGAAGGGCGGAAGUGCCAGAAUGAGGAGAAUGUUUAUAAAGCUGUAGAUUACUGUGUCAUGUCUGUCUCAAGGCUCAGACUUGCUUUAAAUGUUUGGAAAUGUUACCAUGUGUUUUCUAUACAGUAUUUGCAAAGAUAAAGAAACAAUCACAUAUAAACUA